AUGCAGAGCAAUCAAUUAAGAAAAGUUGUACGUAAUCGUGGUGAGAUCCUCGCUUGGCAGGCACAGCCUAUAAACCAUGACACCGACUGGAUGCAGUUCAUCAGACGCUAUACCGUUGGAAAUCAUAUCCACGGCUUCUAUCAACUCUUCUGGCCCACGAUGCGUAAUCGCAUGCGAUUACUCUGGGCGCUAGCUUUGCUCUCUGCCUUCGCAGUGCUUUUUUAUGUAAGCUACUUGCUCGGAGCCCGAUACGGACGAAGGCUUAUUCACACGAUAGUCGAUGAUUCGCAUUGGCCCAUUCACAAUAUUGCCUUUCCGGUGAUUACUGUUUGCAAUAAGAACCGAUUGAACUGGUCGCGUCUGUCUGAGAUAAUGCAACGAUACAAUAUUAAUAAUAAUCAGCAGCCACUUCUAGAGAAAGUACUCACUGCCUACGAUGCUCUCAGCUUUGGUCGCUUCGAUGUUUUCGAUCCUCUUAAGGAUGAGGAUCUAAAUCCUUUAAACCAUCUCAAUUUUACUCAAAUUGCAACUGAGAUGGCUUGGCGUUGUGAUGAACUGCUCACAGGUUGUAAAUGGCAAACUGUGCCUGUUGAUUGUUGUGAAUUCUUUCGUCCUCGACGGUUGCCGCUUGGUUCAUGUCUGGCUUUCAAUGAGGUUGAGAAGCGUGCUAGCGUGGAAAUGAGCCGAGGUACUGGCUUAACAAUCCGGCUUCAGCUGAAUGGUGCAAAACAUGCGCCUGGCAAUCGAGAGACGAAAGGUUUUGUGGUAUGUCAAAAAGAAUCUGUCAGUAGAGAACUUACUUACUCUAUACAAUUAAUUAGCUCAGCAUUCUGAAGCCAAGUGCAUGGUAUGAUGAACCCAUUGACUUCUUUCCCGACUUGGAUGCCAGCAUUAGCAUUAGAGCGAUUCGUCACUACCACGAUAAGAACACCUUUUCAUUACCCAUCCAACAAAGAAAGUGCUUGCGGGAUUAUGAAAACGUUGAUGCGGAUAUACAGACCUUGCAGGGUAUCCGGUAUUGGAAGGAGAAUUGUUUUGCUGAAUGUCAACAGACUUACAUGAUUCGCUAUUGCAACUGUACUUUGGAUCUGUUUUAUCCGCCAUCAUAUCAUAUGCCGUGUCAACUGAAGGAUUUGCCAUGCCUGGCGGCUCACAACCAUUUGAUGCAGAACUACGAACAACCCGGUGAACAUCCCUUUGUAGCUCAGCAGCAUCCAGGACUCACAUGUGAUUGUCUGCCCAACUGCGAUUCGAUGAACUUGAUUAAUGAUGUUCGCAAGCUGCUGAU